AUGUCUUCAUUUGAAAUUCAAUUUCAAGCAAGAGCUCAAUAAAGUCUUUUGUAUUUAGAAGUAACUUAUUCCUUUUACCAUUAGAACUCCUACGAUGGUAUUUUAACAUCUUUCGAUUCAAUUGAAGAUGAACUCUAAUAACUAAAGAAAAUAUGCUAUUAAGAAACUCCAUUCAAUCUUCAAAUCCCAUAGCCAAUCAAAGUAGAGAUCCCAGUCUAAAUUAUUCCUGAUGAUCUUUAAGAGAUUAGGUAAAAUAAUAUAAAUCAAUCUCAUAGACCAAUAGAACAAGAGAAGCCUUAUUAACUGUUGGAAGAACUUUCAGAGAUCUUAGGCCAGGCCCAAGACAUUGAUGAACAAAUGUUCAAAGUGAUUCUUUAAGUUUUGAGAAAAGAGAAGAAUCUAGAACUGUUAGGAUUUCUGGAAAAAACAGAGAAUCAAAUAAGGAUAGAAGGGAUGAGUAAUCAAACCGAGAACCAAUAAGAUGUAAGGAAGUAGAUAAGGAUCAUGAUAAAUAUUUUGAGAAAUAUUUAACAUCAUUCUUUUUCUAAAGAAGAUUAUAGUACAGAAGUUUAUGAGGAGGAAAGAUUAAAUCUUAUCAAAAAGAUAGCAGGUAACAAGGAAAUAAUUGAAUUUCUCAAGUUUUUAGUAUAACUUACUAAUAUUGAUGAAAAAUAUAUUCAAUGUGGAUCAAAUGGAUUGAAUCUUUUAGUCGGUAUGAAAGUAGAUUUGACGAACCAAUGCUUCGAAGACAUCAGAAUAAGGAAUACGAAUUUAAUUGGAGCUAAUUUUGCAAGAUGUAACUUUAAUGGAUCUGAAUUCGAAAAUCUGGAUUUAAGUGGUGUCAAUUUAAAUGGAGCAUUACUAUUUAAUUGUAAUUGGAAGUAGAUAAAGGUCCAUGAAUUAAACAGAUUAGAUGGUCAUUCAAAAGGAGUAUUAUCAGUAUGCUUCUCCCCUUAUGGAACAAAUUUAGCAUCUGGUAGUAUUGAUUAGUCAAUCAGAUUAUGGGAUGUUAAAACAGGAUAUUAAAAAGUGAAAUUAGAAGGUCAUAGUGGUUGGGUAAAAUCAGUAUGCUUCUCACCAGAUGGAACCACUUUAGCAUCUGGUAGUGGUGAUAAGUCAAUCAGAUUAUGGGAUGUUAAAACAGGAUAAUAAAAUGCCAAAUUAGAAGGCCAUAGUGAUUGGGUAGAAUCUAUAUGCUUCUCACCAGAUGGAACCACUUUAGCAUCUGGUAGUAAUGAUAAGUCAAUCAGAUUAUGGGAUGUUAAAACAGGAUAAUAAAAUGCCAAAUUAGAAGGCCAUAGUGAUUGGGUAGAAUCUAUAUGCUUCUCACCAGAUGGAACCACUUUAGCAUCUGGUAGUAAUGAUAAGUCAAUCAGAUUAUGGGAUGUUAAAACAGGAUAAUAAAAUGCCAAAUUAGAAGGCCAUAGUGAUUGGGUAGAAUCUAUAUGCUUCUCACCAGAUGGAACCACUUUAGCAUCUGGUAGUAAUGAUAAGUCAAUCAGAUUAUGGGAUGUUAAAACAGGAUAAUAAAAUGCCAAAUUAGAAGGCCAUAGUGAUUGGGUAGAAUCUAUAUGCUUCUCACCAGAUGGAACCACUUUAGCAUCUGGUAGUAAUGAUAAGUCAAUCAGAUUAUGGGAUGUUAAAACAGGAUAAUAAAAUGCCAAAUUAGAAGGCCAUAGUGAUUGGGUAGAAUCUAUAUGCUUCUCACCAGAUGGAACCACUUUAGCAUCUGGUAGUAAUGAUAAGUCAAUCAGAUUAUGGGAUGUUAAAACAGGAUAAUAAAAUGCCAAAUUAGAAGGCCAUAGUGAUUGGGUAGAAUCUAUAUGCUUCUCACCAGAUGGAACCACUUUAGCAUCUGGUAGUAAUGAUAAGUCAAUCAGAUUAUGGGAUGUUAAAACAGGAUAAUAAAAUGCCAAAUUAGAAGGCCAUAGUGAUUGGGUAGAAUCUAUAUGCUUCUCACCAGAUGGAACCACUUUAGCAUCUGGUAGUAAUGAUAAGUCAAUCAGAUUAUGGGAUGUUAAAACAGGAUAAUAAAA